AUGGACUAUGCCCUUUGUGAGGCUGCCCGGCACAACAUGGAAGGCAUCACCAGGGUGGUCACCUUCUAUGAUAUCAACUGUCAAUACAACAAGCACUUUCGGGUUCGGGUGGAUCGAAGCCGAUUUCUCGAAAUGGUUCCGGAAUUGACCAUCAUUCCCGGAAUCGGGUUGUGGCACAUCCACGGACAUCAGGGCAGCUGCUAUGUCCGAUAUGCGUCGAAUUUUAUCGAAGGCAUCGGUCGGAUUGACGGAGAGAUUAUGGAGACCCUAUGGUCAUGUCUCAACCUGAUUUCCCCUGCUGCUCGGGGAAUGUCAUCCCCACAUCGAAAAGAAUGUCUCGAUUAUCAGAUGAAUGAUUCCAAUUUCUGCAAGAUAAUCCGCAUGAAAAGGACCCUUUGCCGAAAAUACAAGCAGGCGAAGAAUGGCAUUGCCGAAAGUGAAAAGGUUUUCGACAUACUCAAUGAAGCAGCACCCGGCGAUUCAAAGACAGAGUGGCUAGCCAGCGAGAGGAUCGCUCAGUCCAGCAGAAUAAAUAAUCCUGCGGCUAUGGAUGUAUAUGAGAUUAAUAUCAAGAAGGCACCAAGCAAAAAGGAGAUCAAGCUUAGGCUACUAGAGGAGGGUAAUGCCCGAAAUGCAGCACCUGCUCGCAGGUCUGUGGCGACAUGGAUAUCAAUGGGAAUUGGUAGAAGAACUACCGAGACACAGAAGUUAGACAUCGCCCGGCAACGCGAUCGUCUCCAAGGCCAGAUAGAUGGAUUCACUCGGUCUGCUAUUACGCAUCUCGGAGAGGGAUUUGAUGCAGAUGAAGAUCCUGAAGACUUGUACUUGGACAUUCUUGAUGAUCUCGAUGAUGACUUGGCAGACUUCACCAAGACAUCUGACACAUGGGCAAACUCCCCUGAGCUCACUGUAAUCCCAUUGCCAUCAAACCUCAGGGUAGAUCGAUGCAGACGCUGUAUGGCAGACGAUCUCAUUCCGCUGGAGAAGUCUCUUCGUGAAGGGCAGGCCAAUGACUCCCUUCACAACCUCCGAAUUCACUUGUGCAACAAGGUGGUUCUGUUUCGAACAACAGUUAGGCAAGCCAAAUCCCAGGCCCUGAAAACUCAAGCUUGGUCCCAGGUGACGUCGGUGCAGCAGGCGGUGUCCCUCCAUGCCAGUAUAUAUACGAAGACGAGGAAGCAAAUGAUGCAACUGGAGCCAGGGCAAGACCAGGUUCAGAAAUACAAACCCCUGCUUUGA